AGCAGGAAGCCAGAGGAAAGGGAGGGAGAAAACGUGAGAGAUGGCUUGGCUCAAGCUCACGAUGCAGCUCUUCUUCCUUGGGGCAUCGCUGGUUUUGCCAGCUUACUCCCAACAGCCCCCUUGCGAGAUUGUCAGGAAGACGGUGGCACAAGGCUCCUUCCGGCUGGAUGUGGAUCCUCUUUAUUAUGAGCCUGGGGCCAUCUAUACAGUAUCUGUCACCGGAGCAGAGAAGGCCACCUCGGUUAUCUUGCAAAUUGUGCCUCCUGAGAACAGUUCUGGGGGCUCGUGGGAAGAGGAACACCAAACGAUCCACUGCAGUGCCACGGAGAGCGUGAUGCAGAAAAACUUCUCUGGCCCUGGCACCCAGAUACGCUGGCGUUCCCCAAGGGCUCCCAGCGCUGGAUCCGCACAAAUAAGGGCCUUUGUCUCCUUUGUCAAUGGGACCACCCUGCUGCGGACCAAGAUCCUGGAAGGAGAGUUGGUCACUUCCAUGUCAUCCUCCGUCUCCCAGCCAACCAGCAGCCCCCACAAGCCAACUCUUCACAGCAACCCUUCUGAUGUUCACCUCCACCUCAACACCACUACAGUCCACCAUAAUUUUGCAUCUUCCCACCAGUGGACAAAAGAUCCACACAGUUCGGUCUCUGUGGCCCAAGCCAGUUCAUUCCUUCUCACCAUCCUACAACUUCUUUCCAUCUCUCUUGGAUACAAGCUUCUGACCUAAGAUCUGUCCCUUUGCAAAGCCCAAGUGUUUGGAGCACGCUCCCAUCUUUGCAUAUAACCGGAAUGUAAGAACUGAUGGACUGAUUUUCUUGGGAACAAAAUAUCCCCCCCACCCACUCCCAAAAAAACCUUUCUUUCCCCUCUCUCCCUCCCUCCCUCUCUCCCUCCCUCUCUCUCUCCUGCACCCUUCUUGAACGUCAGUGGUUGAUUCCAGAAACGUUUCAGCAGUUGUCUUGUCCCAAUCCAAAGAGAAAUGACCCAAAGUGUUGUAGUUAGGGGAGAAAAUCCAGCCCGUGUUGGGUUUGCCCCCUCUAUGGCUUCAAGACAUAAUAAUAAACUAAAAGGUCAACAAAUUGCUACCCCAAUUCAGCUGCCUGAGGCAGAUCGUCAAUUUGUCAAACAGUAAAACCGUUCUGGAUCCAAAAGUGCUAAGAUGCAAACAUUACAGUAUUUUAAAUGUAUUUUGCUACAAUCUAGGCAAAAAUAGUCUUUAAAAAGUAGACCCUAUAGCUUCUUCUUGCAAAGGGUGUUUCCAUUCUCCAUAGCAAGAAGAAUACCAGUGUUUCAAGGGCAUUUGAUUCAGGGACACACGAGGGCACCGAGGCCUGGAUCAUCCGACCAAAAGGGUGAAAUCACUGUCACAAACUGGAACUGACAUUAUUCUCUCCGAGUCCUGCAAAUAUGCUGACAGAAGCAUUUCAUAACAGGCAAAUCUCAGCACAGCAACACAAAAGGCUGUCCAGAAUCACUGUACUUGAGUUCCAACUGAAAUACAGAUUUGAAAAGUUCACAAGCUAAAUUGCAUCUUUUCAUCUGUGGUCUCACCAACCAUCUGGACUAGAGAUCUGUGAGGCUGGGAAGAUCCCCUUUUUAAACUUCAGCUUUCAGCUUUUCAAACCCCCUGCUGGGAAGGCAUUCCCCCCCUGCAAAAAAAAAGCUUUUCUCCAAAAAUAACUUGGGAGCUGCGCUACUACUACCGCGUCUGAAGAACUAACUGUCUAGAAAAGAACUGGGAGGAGAUGUGAAGAAACAGAGGAGAAAAGGGAUUUUGGAAGCUCAGAGUCCAAUUUUCCAGUAGGACAUGUUGAACUUCCAAAAGUGCUGUGCAUGUUCCUGAUGUUUUUUGUACAUACUGUGUAUUUGGAAAGAGUAUUUUGAAACUCCAUUGUGC